UGCUGCUGAUCUAGAAACACACUCCUGAGAGACAGGAACCGAAAAGUACUCUUCGUGGAUUCGUCUUCCGUCCACAACGUUCGGGGGGAAAGUCCUGUCGAGUAUUUAACCAUCCUAUCUAUGAAAGAAACAGAGUCCUCAAGAACAAUGGAUGGGAAACAAGCUGGCAUGGCAAAGACAGUUGCCAUCAUAGGAGCAGGAGCCAGUGGUCUAACUGCCAUUAAAUGCUGCUUGGAUGAGGGGCUUCAGCCAACAUGUUUUGAGAGGAGUGAAGACAUUGGGGGCCUUUGGAGGUUCCAGGAGUAUGAUAUUGAUGGCCAGGCAAGUAUUUACAGAUCUCUGACUAUCAACACCUCCAAGGAAAUGAUGAGUUACAGUGAUUUCCCCAUCCCUGCGGAUUACCCAAACUACAUGCACCACAGCAAAGUGAUGGAGUACUUCAGGAUGUAUGCAAAGCACUUCCAUUUGCUUGAACGCAUACGUUUCAAGGCCUGUGUCUGUCAGAUAAGGAAACGCCCAGAUUUCUCCGUCAGUGGCCAAUGGGAGGUUGUAACAGAAAUGAAUGGGAAGCGGGAAUCUGCCAUCUUUGAUGCUAUUAUGGUCUGUACCGGCCACCACGUAUAUCCUUAUUUUCCUUUGGAGUCAUUUCCUGGUGUCAAGAAGUUUAAAGGGAAAAUUAUGCACAGUCGGGAGUAUAAACAUCCUGAAGUAUUCCGGGACCAGAAGAUUCUUGUGAUUGGCUUGGGAAAUUCCGGAGCAGAUAUAUCCGUGGAUCUCAGCCAUGUGGCUAAGCAGAUCUUUCUGAGCACCAGGACUGGCACUUGGGUAGUAAACCGUGUCUCAGACGAUGGGUACCCUUUGGAUGUGGUGCAUUUUACACGUUUCAAAACCCUCCUUCGCCAAAUUCUUCCUGUAGCUCUGGUGAACCUGUGGGGCGAGAAGAAGCUGAAUACAAGGUUUAACCAUGAGAAUUAUGGUAUAAAACCUCAGCACAGAUUUCUCAGCAGGUAUCCAAUAGCAGCGGAUGAUCUACCUAAUGCGAUAAUUUCCGGCAGGGUGUUAAUGAAGCCAAAUGUAAACGAGUUCACUGAGAAGGGGGUGAUUUUUGAAGAUGGCUGCCGAGAGGAAAACAUAGAUGUCGUGAUCUUUGCUACAGGAUACAGCUUUGCCUUCCCCUUCAUUGAUGAGAGUGUCAUUAGCGUUGGGAACAACCAAGUUCCACUGUAUAAGUUUGUCUUCCCACCGCAUUUGGAAAGAUCUACCCUAGCCAUCAUAGGACUCCUUCAGCCUUUGGGGGCCAUUAUGCCAAUAGCUGAGCUCCAAUCCCGCUGGGCCACAAGAGUCUUCAAGGGCCUGAUCAAGUUGCCUUCAGCUGAUAUGAUGAUGGACGACGUUGUUAAGAAGACCAAGAAAAAUGAGAAAUGGUAUGCACCCAGUCAGCACAUCUCCCUCCAGGUGCAAUAUGUCGAUCACAUGGACGAACUGGCUUGCCUGUCGGGAGUGAAGCCCAAGCUGCUGAACCUCUUUCUGACCGACCCGAAGCUGGCCUUGAAAGUAUUCUUUGGGCCCUGCUCCCCUGUGCAGUUCCGUCUGCAUGGACCCGGGAAGUGGGAAGGAGCCAGAGAUGCCAUCCUCACCCAGAAAGAGAGGAUUGUCAAAGCCACAAAGACCCGUGCUGUGCAAGGCUGCACUGGUGCUCACGCCAUGUCGGUCCCCUGUGUGCUCAUCAAAGUGCUUGGCUGUGCUGCCAUUUUUGCUUUGCUUCUUGCCUUUUUGUAAACUGGCUGUGCAGUACCUGGGAAAGAGUUUCUGCAGCUGUCAGCUUUACUUUCUCACAUUCACGUUGCUUUCUUCGUGCACAAAGUUGCCUCUGAAUGGAGCUAAAGGGCCAAUUCCCAUGGUUACAAAGUCCACAUGGCAGACUCAGGGACUGUCAACAAAUUAGUUCUGAGAGUUCCAUCCUGGGAACCUAAUCCCUAGGAGUAUGCAGGUCCCAUUUGGAUUUGGACUGUGGUGCAGUGAGAGUAUGCUUAAGCUUUUCCUAUUCCCGCACUUCUUCCGUGCUGAUUUCCUGACCUGAAAGGGCUUGGGGAGCCAGGACUUUGUUGGGGAAAUUUACAUGUGUUGAAAGAUACAUCCGUUUCCCCAUUGGGGUGGAUAGUGAGUCUAUUUCAGGUCAGGCAAAUGGCAUUGGGGAAAGAUUUAAGUGCCCUAUCCAUGCUCACUGUGUUGCCGAUUCAAAUUAGGCCCAUACAUGCUUCAAGAUUAAGUUCCCAGCAUGGAACAUAUCUUGCACAUUUGACCAAAGGUCCAGGUGGCAGCCAUGUGAGUCUACCAUGUGGAUUUUGCAGUGUGUCCCCCAUAGAGUCUUCUAUUCCAUUUCUUGUCAUACAACCCUGACCAGGGCGGCUGCCCAGCGUUAUUGGCUGCCAGCCUAGGAAUGGAUGGUAUUUACCCAGUGACAGGAGAGGUGGACAAAGAUGGAUGGACUAGUCCUGCCGGCUAUGAACAAUUUUCUCAUGGGCUGUAUUGUUGAGGGCCACUGGGCUCAGGGCUUAAUUGAGGUUGGCACUUGUGUGGCAAAACCUCAAUUUUUGUUUGGCGGAUUUCCAAGUCUGGUCAGCUAAAAUUGACCAGCUCCUGCCCUAUGUGACCAUUGGAAUGAAGCUGUCAGCUGAAAAAUGUGUAUGUUUAUUUUAGGAUUGGCCCACAGAUGAGGUAAAGAUCUGUAUCCUCCCCUCAGCAAAGUCUAAAACUUUCUUUCAGCUUAAGGAGCAUUCCCUCCAACUUAAGUAGCUCUUCUAUUUGAGGAUACAUCUGUUAACUCUUUCUCCCCUUAUCUAAGAAUGGGCUUCUCAUAUAAUCCUGCAUAUUAACUUCAGAUCACCCCGGAAGGUUUAAAUCUGAUUGUCUGGGUGCUUGGGUUCUCUACGUGUUGUUUGAUCCCAUCAGAUUCAAGGUCUUGGGGCUUGCAAGCCUCUGAGAAAGAUUAAUCUGACUCCCAUCUGCAUAAACACUGUGGGUUUUGCCUUGCAUCGUCACACACAUUUUGGAUUGCUCUUUGCAAUAAACCCUUUUCCAGCUUUUACUAUUAUAAUUCCAUGCAUCAAUUUUUUUUUUCCAGCAUGCAUUCCCAAAUCCUAAUUUCACCUCUGUGCUAGGAUAGUGUAAAGCAAGUAUCACAGAUGUGGCUGGAAACACAGAUGAAAAGUUCAAGAUGGGGAGCUGUGUUUGUCUGUAGCAGUGGAAAAGAGCAAGAGUCCAGUAGCACCUAUAAGACUAACAAGACUACUACUAAAGAGUCCAGUAGCAUCGAUAAGACUAAUAAGACUACCACUAAUUUUGUUAGUUUAAUAGGUGCUACUGGACUCUUGCUCUUUUCCAGGUGAAAAGUUGUUGGGCUUGGCCAAAGAUUGUGGAGGAUGUUUCUGCACCCUAGACUGAGACAGAGCUAGCCUGGCUUCUCAGCUAAACAAUGUCAAAAAGAGAGCUUAGAGACUCAGGAUAGAAUAGCCUUGGAGAGGUUCAAGAAACAAAGAAGUAACACAAUGAUAUGGCUUAUGUAGAUGAGAAGCUAUCUAAUCUUUAUCAAUAGAUAUUAUGUGAUGAGGCCCAGGUACAGAAGUGUCUAAGAAUGGCAAGAAUGUCCAACUUCACAGAAGCAUAGUUCAAAGAUGGGGCAUAAUGACUGAAGGCCAAAAGAUAUCCAUAUGUAUGUGAAACUUGUAAUCACUUAUUUUUAAUAGACUUUGGCCGUUUCCAUAGGGACGUCCCACUCAUUGAACACUGGCGGCUUUUCCCUAUGAAUCCAGACAUUUCUGUGUACGAAACGAUUGCAACCUGUUCGGUUUCUGGUUUUUUGGUGCCUUUUCUGGGACCGCACUUUCCCACAGUUACUCAUAAUUGGAAGGUUGAUUGUUAAUCCAUAAAAUUUCAGCAGCCUAAACAUUGGUUAUUGUAAGUCUUUUAUUAGGAAGCUGUCCAUACAAGAUCUUGUAACAUACUAAACAUAUAAAGGACUACCUUGUGAGAAUGUUUUAAUGCACUGACAUAAAUCUGUGUAUGCUUUGCAUUUGAACUGCUGGCAAUUGUUCAUCUUUCCCGUUUCCUUGUACAUAAACCAUUUCUAAAAGUC